CUGGUUUCCCUGCAAAGCAAGCGUCAAACGUUUUUUGUUAUUUGUGUUUUUUGAAGUUGAAAAAGUUACGGGUAAAUUACGAUUUUCUAUUAUCUAAUUGCGUCCAUUGUAUUUAAUUAGUGAAAAUGUCGUGCGAAUCGGAACAUUCUGAACACUAGCUACUGGAGAACCCCGCGUAUUCAAGUGUCGAGCGAAAGUAGGUUGUACAUUACCCAGAGGACGCCCAAUUUUUUUUUUUUAGUUUUGCCCUUGAUAACGGGAAACUUUCGCCUAAAAGCCAUUUAUUUAGUGAUUUAACGGACUAGAAUUAUCGUUUUUCUUUUGUCUUAUUUAUUGUGAUGUGCCCAGACUUUUUGCUAGAGAAGAGCUCCGUCAGAAGAUCACUUGUCCUGCAAAACAACCUCAUCCACUCAAAGAGAAAAGGAAUAUUCAUACACCCUACAGCUAUGUUUAAGAACUUUCUUUGUAGUAGAGCUUUGCCCAAUUUGACGGCUUCACAACAACAACAAUAAAAUCUCUUCAGUCCCUAACUGUAUUAUAGAGAGCUGUUAAAAGGUUCUUCGAACCUUGGUGAUAUUUAGUAGUUUUUUUGUUUUCUUCACAAGGCACCAAUAUGAAGCUUCUUGAAAGUACAACUUUUGAAGCUAUCAACAAUGCACUUCAGAUUAAAAAUGGAGACAGCAUGAUCCUUGGAAGAAUCGAGAGUUAUUCCUGUAAAAUGGCCGGAACAGACAAGGCUCUGUAUAAAAGAUUUAACCCAGAAGGAGUGAAUCCGAACGACUUGCAAGCACUUUCCCCACCGCAAACGGUCGCCCAAUAUAGCCGAAGUAUCUCUGGAGAUGAGGAGGGACCGCUGUGUGAUACAAUCAGUCGCAAAACUUUAUUUUAUUUAAUUGCGACUCUAAACUCGUUUUUUCCCGAUUAUGAUUUUAUGGACUUGAAGAGCCACGAAUUCAGCAAAGAACCGUCACUGCAAUGGGUGACAAACGCAAUCGAUUCCCAGCUAACGGCUACGAUUGGGGAAACGUAUAAAGCGCUAAGACCCGCCUUAUGGACGGCCAUCGAUCACGAAAUCGCUAUGGAACACUGCGACAUCUACUCGUACAAUCCGGACUUGGAUUCCGAUCCGUUUGGCGAGGACGGCUGCUUGUGGAGCUUCAACUAUUUUUUCUAUAACAAGAAAAUGAAGCGUAUUGUCUUCUUCACUUGUAGAGCCAGUAGUCCCAGCUACGCUCUCGAUUCAGGCUUUGGUAGUGAUUUCGCAAUGGAGGAAGAUGAAUUGUAAAAGGCAGAGAUAUUUAUAAAAAUCUGUCAUAGUUUUUUUUUUGUUAGUAGAGAUUUAACGUGCAAUAAUGCGUUAAACGAAAUAGAACAUAAAAAUGUUAUUAUUGUUCGGUUUUUAGGGUCGUCAUGGUUUUUGUCCUUAUAUCAUGAAUUUUAAUUUAAUCACUUAAUAUAUUAAUUAACUUAGAUAGAAGAAGACUUUUGGUGAGAGCAAAAGUACAAAAUAGCAUUAUAGAGUUUUACCUUUAAGGAAACGUGUGCGUUGGAUAAGUUUUUGUCAGUGAUCAGUAAGAGUUUGUUUUUGGCCUGUGGAAUGUCAUUGUUUCUGUUUUUUUGGCAUAUUCCUUUAGUUUCUUAAUUGUUAGUGCAUCCUAUUAGAUUAAUUCCAUGGGUAUUACGAUUAAUUCAAAAGGGUUCGAAAGUUCGUACAUUCCUCAACAAAAACAGGCUUUGUAAAGGGGUUUCACGGAUUGUUUUGCACCCUUAUUAUUGCUUAGAACCAGUGUCAAGUGUAGCAUACUAAUUCUUUGGUGUUUUCUUUAAUAAGGUUAAUGGUGUAAACGAUGCAGGGUGUACAAUAAACUGGGGUUUAAUGUGUGGAAGAUUUAAAAAUUAUGAUAAUUACUGUUGUUUUUAUCUCUUUUACGUAUGCUUCAAAGAUCAUACAAUACAGGGUGAUCAGUAAUGAGUGCCAUUCUAAAUUAAACUCGUAAAAAUAUUGAUGUUGAGCCAAAUAUGCCUUAGUAAAAUGUCGCUCGUACGGGGUGCUAAAAAGUUUAAUUUUCGAAUCUGUUUUUCUCUACAGCUCAAGUUGUUUUUGGGAUAUCGACAUAAAAACUGGGGAUCGGGGGUUUUUGGGGAUGAGAAAUAUGAUUUUAUUCUAUUUUUUGACAUAAAGUGUAGAGGGCGCUAGUAAAAUUUAUAAGCUGUUUCAGGCCGUAACUUUCUUACUAGUACCCGUUUAUUAUUUUUUAUCAAAGUAACUGAUAGAAUGACAAUUUUUAAGAAAAAAAGGUGUACUUCAUUUAUUUCGGUUUAAAAAAGUGUUUUCGAAAUAUUUGGAAUUAAACAAUUUCACACUUUUCACAUGGAUAUCAUCAGAUCAAGGAGACAGCACAUAUUAAGUAUCUGGGAAUAUAUGUGGACCAACAUCUUAAAUGGCACGUACAUGCCGUUUAUCUGGCAAACAGACUUAAAAAAAAUGAUUUAUAAAUUUUAUAUAAUGAGAACUUUCCUAAAUUUAACGGAACUUAUGAUAAUCUAUAAAUCAUUAACUGAGUCAAUCUUAAGAUACGGUACUAAUAUAGGGGGGAUUGUAUAACAAUGCUUUACACAAAGUAAAUAUUGUACAUAAAUAUAUUAUUUUGAAGACCAUUUCUAGCGGAACAAGACUUUUCCCAAUAGAUCAACUAUUUACAGAGCAAACAACGAAUUUAAGGACACUAUACGGCCAUUUCAAGCAUGUGUACGGGACAAAUCACAAAAUAGGAUAUGCGAAAAAAAAUGUUGGCAAUUUGUUAGGUAAUAUUUCUUCACCAAAAUUAGCAAAUAUAUUCUUUAUUAAUUAGACAAUAUUUUAAAAAAUAUAAAUGCAAGCAACAUGUUUUUAUAGUAGAGAUAAUAGCAAUAAACGACGGUUGUGGACGGGACCGGAAAAUUCCGUAUCAUUUAUGUUACAUAAAAAAACAACCAAAAUUUCUGAAAUGGUUGUUUUAAGAAAAAAGAUAUCGUUUUUAAUUUUCAACAAAAUAUUAGUAAAUCACAUUAAAUGAUUAAGAAAGAAUUUUUCUUUAAGAAUUCGUAACUAAAGAAUGAUAUUUAUUGGUUGUGGACGGGACGGUUGUGGACCGGACAAAAAACCUUAAUAACUUUAGAAUUCUAAAGAAUAUUUUUUUAUAAUUUAUUUUAGUAUAAAUAACAAUAUACUAUGUAAUACAACUAAAUUAAAGGAAAUGAUAACGACGAAUCAGUUCAACAAUAAAUAAUUAAUGAUUAUAAUGUUUUGUUACAGAUAUCUUUCUUAUAUUGUUUUGAUGGGUCUGACCAAUUUCCAAUAUUUUUUCGGACAGAGGCCUAAAAAAGUGGCAUGAUUGGAGCCCUGCAAUGGGCAGGACACUUUCCCAUCGAGCGGUUAACAUGUUUUUGUUAUCCGGAAUCUUUUGGCUUGAAACGUAGAUAAGAUUUAUUUUGGUUUUACCAUUAAGUGCAUUAAAAAUGUCUUUGGAAUUAUUAAUAAGUAGUUUUCUACUUUUCACUAUUUCCCAGGCUACUCUUUUAAGCUUCCCUCCUACUCCGUCUACAGCCCCCUUCCCGUGAGAAGUGGCAAAGAAAUUCCAAAACCCAGAUAUAUCGAAAUCUUCAUGAAAAUGACAUAAAUUCGAAAAUAUCGAUACAGUUCUCAAAGUACUAUAGGCAUUUCUUAACCAAUGAACUAUUUCUUUUAGAAAUGGCCAGACUGCAAACUAAUCAUGUGAUAACUUAUCACUGAUGAUAGAAAACGAAUGAUGGGUAUUUUUAGUCCAGGCUACUGCCGUAAAUAUUGUGACCUGUCUGUGGCUCCAGUGCGCACUUUGUAUCUCGUCCUGACUUAUACAUGAGUAAUUUUCUGCGAAGUCUAUUUGCAUGACAACUUUUUCUUCAUUUAUAUUAUUUUUUUCUUUCUUAAAAUUGCGUUCUUGUGUGGUUUUUACAAAGCAAUGAACUUUAAAUUUCUCCUUAGAUUCUUGCAGUUGAUCCAAAGCAGCUUUUAAAGUACCAGAUACUUCUAAUACUUGGGGUUUAUGAAGAUUGACUUGCCACCUUUUCCAUUUUAUUUCGGUCUCCAAAUCGGUAUUUAAAGGCACCAAAGCAAAUUCAAUAUCGGUAUCACAGUUUGGGCAUAAAUUAUUCAUACAGUCGAAAUUAUCUGUAUCGCAACAUAUGGCUGAAAGUAAUUCCUUGGAAGAUUUUGGAAAUUCAUGUACAUUUUUGCAAUUAGCCUCAACCAAAAAAUUAAAGUUCGCAUGGUACUUGCAAACGCAAACGUCGUGAGGCAUUUGGGAACUUAGCAAGACACGUUUGGGUCGAUAUUCGUAAAAUUUUGUUAGUUUAACAUCUAAUUCGGGAAUUUCAUGUAUAAACAACUGAUAAGCUUCCUUUACAGUAACAGUCAUGUGCCGCUUUUGCUUUUUUUCUUUGAUUCCUGAUUCAUUUUUUAAAGCGAUAACGUCUCUUUUCCCUGGCGCCUGUCUACUUAUCAUAUCCCUGGUGUAAAACCGUUUAACACUUUCCUUAAGUUGGCUUUCCAAUUUGUUCCAAGGUGUUACUUUUUCUGCACAGACUAAACUUGUUUCUUUUGGAAAUUCGGCAUAAAAAAAAUUUUCAAUUUCGUGUUUGUGACUCAAUAUCUUCAAUAUUCUGACCCCACCCAACAACCCUCCGCAAUAUAAAAAAAAUUCUUUAAAACCUCCUUUUUUUGCUCAGCACACUUCGGCAAUACAGACUUAAUUUUCUUUACCACCUUUCCCAUCGAUUGUGGCGUUUUAAAUGAGCUGAUAUUAUCUGAUUAUUGGAUUUUCUCAACUUGCAACUCUUCCCUUUUUCUCUGACGAUACAACCGUUUUCUUAAUGUUUCCUGUCUUUUCUUUGCAUUUAUCAUAUCUUUCGUAAAAAAACCUUCCUGAAUCAAUCUCUUCUGCUGUCUCUUUUUCUUUUGGCAUCCUUCUCUUUAAAACGCAUGAGCUUCUCAACAUUCUCUUCGAGCUUUCUUCUAAAAUCUAUAGAUUUUUCUUUAUUUGUCUUAGGUGCCAUAUUUUCUGUAAAAAAAUAUGGACUCAUAAGUUUGGAUAAGAUUGACCGAGAAAAAUUAUCAAACUAAAUAAUAAUAAAUUUCAUUAAAAAAAAAUGUUUUUUUUUUUUUGGCUUCGUGGAGUAUCAGCCCUCAGCGAAUCGGUUGCGAUAUACAUAUAGAUCGCCAAAAAUAAAAAAACUUACUUAAAAUAAGUACUUUACAGCCCGUUUUGCAUUAAAAAUUAAAUAUUUUCGGUAUAUAUAUAUUAAUAGGAUCUUAUUUUUAUAUAUUUUUUAAUGUAUGGGUUGCGGACGGGACAAUUUAUUUAUAAAAUUUUCUUGCAAUUAAUGGAAAUAAAGAAUAAAUCUAAAUUUAGCAAAGAAUUUUUGCACACUUCUCUGAUAAGAUGCUUGUAUCUUGUAUGUAGAUAGAAAUUUAAAAAAAAACAUGUUGCACAGCUGUUUGAGAACGGAUUUUUGUUUAUUUUUUUUUUUUUAUUGUUUCGCAGUCUGGGUCUUUCACAUGGUUUUUCGGUAAAGGACAAAUAUGGGGUCAGGGGUAGAUUUAUCACAAUACUUUAAGAGUAAUUAGGUAGGUUUAUUAAAAACAGGAAAAGAAAUGGAAACAAAUUUUCUCUGAAAGAUUAACGCACACAGGUGUUUUAUGUACACCUAGGCAUUAGGUUGAAACAAAUAAAUGUAGUAAUUAAGAUUUUUUCUUUCUUUUGUUAAAAAUACAAAAAACAUUGUGUACACAGUUAAAAAAUAGUUAACACUAAAACGAGGAUAACAUCACUUUAACAAACGCGUAAAACAUUCAGUUCCAAGCAUUUUCUUAAUCCUUUCACCAAAUAGUGCUUUCCUUGGAAUUUUCUUCGGUAUAAACUAAUGACUUAAUAUAAACCCAAAAGAAAAAAUCCAAAGGAUUAAGACCCGGGCUACGCGGAGGCCAUGGAAAUUGACUGCCACUACCAAACCAUCUGUGACGCAUCAUUCAUCUAAAAAAUUGCUCUCAUUUCACUGUUGGAAUAUUCAUUAUGCCUAGGCAUUAUUAUUUACCUAAAGUUAUUCUGUUUAUAAUUAACGUUAUAAGACCUACUUUUAAAUUUAAUAAUUGUGAAACAGAAUAUUUAAAUGCAAAUAUUGAGAAAACGGGUUGUUUAAGCGAAAUAAAUAUUGUAUACCUUUUUUUCUUAAAAAUUUCCAUUCCAUCAGUUACUUCAAUAAAAAAUAAUAAAACUGUACUAGUAAUAAAGUUAUCGAAUGAAAUAGCGUGUGAAUAUGGUGUACCUAGCGUCCUCUACACUUUAUGUCAAAAAAAUAGAAUAAAAUCAUAUUCCCCAUCGCCGAAAACUCCUGAUUCCCCAUGUUUAUGUCGAUUACUCAACAACAACUUGCUAUAGAGAAAAAACAGAUUCGAAAAUUGAAUUUUAACACUGUGUCUUAUUGUGUGAUCUGUGACAAAACAUCAAUAUUUUCACGAGUUAAAUAUUGAAUUGCUUUUUGGCGCAUUCAUUACCGACCACCUUGUAUUAUGUGUCCCAGGAUAGUCAAAUAAAAUUUAAACGUUCUCUAUUUAUGAUCGAGGUCUGAAGUUUAGAUGUACUGGCUUUAAGGAUUUUUGAAAUUUUGAUACCUAACGCAUUUUCUGUAUAGGUAAAGUACGUUUUUGGCACAAAACGUCAAGAAUUUUUUGAAAAAUUAUCUAAAAAUAUGCAUUUUACUCUGACAACACAUUUAUUAGAAAAAAAAUUGAACUAAACUGAAAAGGCAUUAAAAUACAAAAACAUUUAAAUUGUUAACACAUAUCUCCUGAACUUCUUAUUAGGAGAUUAUAAUUUCUUGAAAAUCUGCUGAAUAACUACUUAGCCUACAUAUAAAGUGCUCUCGUUUCAUAAUUUAAAAAAAUCACUUCCUUAAACACAUUGCAUCAUAAAAAUCGACUAUUUUUUCACAAAUGACUAUCUUUGUUGUCAUGAAUGUUAUCCCACUUAAACCAUCACCCUGUACAUUUCAUUAAUAUGUUGAUUAUCGUAUUAACUAGCCCAGUUUAACUAUUCACACAAGUCGUAGUUGAUGAUCUCAAGAUUUUUCGGCACAGCACUAACAACCUUUUAAUGAUCUGGCUUUUUAGGUCCUAGUUAUGCAAACUGGUUUAUUAGUGUGGAUUGAUUGAUUGUAACUUUUAUCACGUUAGCUUUAAUUUAUAUUAUAAGAUUUGAACUGACAUUUUUUGGGGUAUUUAAAAGUGUCAGGGUGGAUCUUAUAAGAACUGAUUUUAGUUUGUUAGGAGGAAGGGUGAGGUUAAAAAAUACCGUUGUGUUAUUUUAACUGUAUAGCUUUAAGUCCCAGUGUAAGUACCUUAAAAUGGAAAAUAAAAAUCAUCUUUCUGGUGA